AUGAAGUACACCGCCAUCAUUUCCCUGCUCGCCGCCAUCGUCGCUGCCGACACGGUUAACCAGCUUGUCGACCAGAUCCCUACCUGCGCCGUCACUUGUAUCAGCGACCAAUCAACUGCGGUCGGAUGCGACAUUACAAACUUUGCCUGUUCGUGCGGGAAGAUUUCGGAGCUGACCCCCAAAGUCGUCUCCUGCCUCGCCACAUCCGGUUGCAGCACUGCAGACCAAGCCACGGUCUUCCGGAUCACACCUCAGAUUUGCGCUCAAAUCGGCCAGACCACCGUCGCCGCCGCCGCUGACGCCAGUAGCCCGACGGCAGCCGGGGCCACGUCGGCCACGCCGCCCGCCGCCGCUGACAAGGUGCAGGCUGCUGGCUGGGUCGGUGCCAUGGCCGCCGCCGCCGCCGCUAUCGUUGCCGCCCUUUGA